AUGGACACUGACAAGCGGGGACAUGGUAAAAGUCCGCGUGGCUUCACCAUGAAGAAAUCUCCACUAGUUUCCCUUGGGCAUGGUGUUCGUUACUCCACGUCAAGGAAAGAGGCGGGUGACUAUUUGCGAGAUGGGAAGGAGAGUGCCCAGGAUCGGAUGGACCUACAUCAGGGACGCCGACGUGGGAAGGAAGUAGAGACGUCCCUGCAGAUGGAUGAGUCACUGAUUAGUGAGGCACAACCCCGGCAAAGCCUGAUGGUGACACAGGGGAGGGAUGAGAGGAUCCCUAGGAGGUAG